AUGGUAACAGAAACACUGAGGAACGUAAGGAGGGAAGAUGAAGAUGAAGAGGAAGAGGAAGAGGAAGAGGAGGAAGAGGAAGAAGAGGACGAAGUGAAGGAAGAAUAA